UAUUACACCUCUCCGACGCGACAUACACGACAAGCCUGGCCUCAGCUUCUGGCAUCUUUUACCACUAUCUCUAUCCUUCACGCGGCAACCGAUGAGCCCGGGGAAGAAUUCUGGGGCAUUGGCUUAAGCAGCGUCAAACCUACCACCGCGUUAUCUUGCAACAAUGUCAUCGGAUCGUGUUUUCUCUGAGGAGCUUAUUGAUAAGCUCACUUGCACCCUUGAGCUGAACCUGGGCGGAAUGAUUCGAAACCUACCUCUCCCCCAAACGUCGCCAAUCCAUCGACAUGCCACCAACUCGUCGUUAGGGCGUAUCGAUACCCUGCCGCCAGAGUUGCUACUCUUCAUCCUCAACCUCCUCGAUUUCCAGUCCUUGUCUCGACUGUCGCGGGCCUCCUUCAGGGCAAAAGCAAUAGUCGAGGCUCUUCCCGCAUAUCAAGAGUUGCUAGAGCACGCACCGGACGUGCUAGUCGCAUUGGGGAGAACCCGAAUACUGCGAUAUCACUCGGCCGCAUUACUUCGACAGACACUUCGGACCAACCGGUGCGAGUCUUGCUUCGACUUUGGCGCCUUUCUAUUCCUGCCGACUUGCGAACGGGUAUGCUUCCAAUGCCUUCACGAAAAUCAUGCCCUGCGCGUGACCACACUCAACCUCGCCAAGAAGUGCUUUCACCUAACCAACAGCCACCUCAAAAAAAUCCCGGUAUUGCACAGUAUACCUGGUACCUACAGCGUCAUGUUUCAUGUCUCGCGCCGAAAAGUGUAUCGUUUGGUCAGCGUAAAGCAAGUUAAGCAACUGGCAAUCGAGGUGCAUGGGUCUGCUGAGAAUGUCGCGAGACUCUUGCCGCCAACUCCUCCACAAGGUAUGUCCAGAAGGGAUUUCUGGAUCUUUAAGUGGUUUCAUAUGGCGCCACUGGAUCCCCCAGCAUGUGACCUAUCACGGAAGCCAGGGAGGUCGAACCUGGUGGAGGACGAUUUUGGUGGUAUGGCGUCCAUCCGCAUGCCUUCAUUGAGUGGAACUAGCGCGGAUCGUGGACGGAUUUGCAAGGGAUGCCAUCUUAUUGAUAGACUUCACUCACAAGGAUCCCUUCCAACCGCAGUUCUGGAAAAUCUCGUCCCCCAGGGAAUUGGUCCGAGUCGCCCUCUUCUCGCGUUGAUGAAUCGGUUGUAUUCUCGAGAAGGUUUUCUGGAGCAUAUUAAAACUUGCUACGGAGUUGAUCGAUUACUAGCAGGGUGGGGAAAAUAACAGAAGGGAUAAUAUUAUACAGUACGGCAGUGUCAGCGAAGAUGACAAGGAACCGUCUCGACGUCAAGCCGAGCUUUGAGCCUUGAUCUUUAGUAUCUGAGCUCGGCUGAAUAUUUCCGGGAAAGCCCACUCUGAUCGGACUCUAACGCAAAUGUGUUAUUACCGUCCGUCGGAUUCGGUGGUAAAACCGGGCGCCCUGCUUUCGGCUUACGAUGAAAGGGUCUCACAGACAUGAUGCCUGCUGCGGUGAAUGUCGACGGAGUAACUGCAUAAAUAGAAACCGCACGAACACAAGAGAUUUGAGGCAACGAACCGAAAAAAAAAUACGCAGACCAGCUUCUUAGCGGCGACUGGAUAACACUAAAAACU